AUGGACUUUGAAAUUCCAGCUACCCUUAACCCUCCUGGCAGGUCGAAGCCGUCGGCCGUCGAAGCACGCGAGGUUGCCGUCAGGCAUGCCCAGCUGCUCCAGCAUAGAAAAGUCAUUCAGGAAGAGAUCCUCGACAACCUCAUACUGCUCUCCGAGUAUCCUCUCAUUCGCUCCGCCGCUUAUUCCGCAGAGACGCCCGCAUCUUCGGACGCGGCCAGCUUCAAGCGCCUCGUUCGCCUCUUCCAGCCCUCCGACUACAGCGACUUGCUCAUCGAGCGUAACGUCAAUGGUCUGUGCGGUUACACCCUUUGCCCGGAACCCCAUCGCGACACCGGUCCCGGCGGCGAGUGGACCCUGCGCGGGGGUCAGAUUCGCAAGCGAAAGGAUGUCGAGAUGUGGUGCUCAGACAAGUGCGCCCGUCGCGCCAUGUUUGUCCAAGUGCAGCUAAACGAGACGGCUGCGUAUGAGAGAGCGGGUAUUGCCGACAUUCAAAUCGAGUUGUACGAUGACGUCGACGACAGGGAAACAGCCGUUGACCAGGCCACUCGAGCCCUCGGCCAUGUGAACCUCGAGGACCAUCGCAACUCCUUCCGGGCUGCCGAGGCCUUAGCUAUUGAGCGCGGCGAGAGCAUUGCUAUGCCUGGCUCGGACAGGGUCAAGGUUAUCCUUGAAGAACGGGAAACGCAGGCGGCAGCCGUUCCGCCGGCAACGAACGACAGCCAGUUUGGCCACCUCCUGGUGGAAGGACACCUGAGCCAGUUGCCAUUCCGGCCCAAGCCAGAUUCGCAAGCAUAG